GAUCGGAGGAAACUGGCCGGAGCAGAAGCCAUUGAUGCGCUUAUCUCUGUUUGAGCAAAUAGACGUAAAUUUCCGCACAUUUCGGGAUAUCUGUCCGCUGAAAUCAUGGUGUCCCACUCUCUCGCCCUUCCGAUGAUCUGCUUCACCACGUUAUGGGCGCUGGUGGGGGUCGUGGCCCCGUUUCUGGUGCCUAAAGGACCCAACCGGGGUGUGAUCAUCACCAGUCUGAUCCUCACCGCUGUCUGCUGCUACCUGUUUUGGUUAAUAGCGAUCCUGGCCCAGGCCAACCCUCUGUUCGGCCCUCAGCUGAAGAAUGAGACUAUAUGGUAUCUGCGUUACUUCUGGGAGUAAACAAAGCCUGUGUGAUCUGAUGCCUCUCGUCAUUCCACUCCCCCCCGAUUGUUGGACUGAAGUUCGAUGUAACUCCUGAACACUAACCGCCCCCCCUCAACCCCACCCCCAAACCGACCCCCGCCCCAAAUCCUCUAAUUGCUAAAUUUAUGGAAGACAUUACUUGCAGCACUUUUUUUUUUUUUUAAAUUUUUGAAACGUGCUGUAACAAAUAUAGCAACUACUGUCAUAACUGGGCAUCACCAGUCGAUUUUUAUUUACGUUGCAACCGAGUGUAAAGUGUGGUACCUUAGUUAUAAUAGCAAUGACAUCUCAGACUUUAUUAUGAUCCGUGUUAUGAAAGGGAUUUGAAACUUUCAUGUGUGGCAGGAUGUUUAUUUAUUAUUAUUAUUAUUAUUAUUAUUUUUUUUUUUUUUUUUUUGGUACAAGUAUAUGUCUGAUGUUUAGGAAAGUGUAGAUAUUCAUUUCUUCUUUUUGUUAUCGACAGCAACAAGCGCUCACACGUGUAACAGCAUCCGUUCGUGAGGAGUAGAUGUUCAUCCUGCGUCUCCGAAAUGUGCAAUCUUCCAUUGUUUUAGUUUACUUUGCAUUGUUUACAUAUUCACUUUACGUUGCUGCCAUCAGGGAAUAUGCAUUUCUCUGUGUUUGUAUUUAUUUCGGCUGGCGGGCACUGAUGUAAGCUCGCCGGCAUAAUUACCUUAGUGUCCACACGGCGCGUUACGUAACUGCUUAUCUGUGAUGUAAUUGUAUGUGUGUGUGUGUGUGUGUGUGUGUGUGUGUGUGUGUGUGAGGAGAGUUCAUUACCAUGAGUGUUUGGACCGUAGCCAUGUGAAUCUCUCAGAGCGGCGAACUGAAGAGCGAUCCCCUCCACUUCACUCCACUUCAGCAUAAAACUCCCUUCAUCUUCCCCUCAUGCUCUCCACCGUGGAGAUGUUGUGAAGUGUUGUAAUGUCCUCGUUGCCAUGGUGAUCUCAGCGCCCUAACCGUUUCAGCCCCAUUCCUCUUGAUCCCUCUUGAUGAAAUCUCACCCGCUCAUAUGCUGAUAUACUGUAGCUGCGUCGAGUUUUUUUGAAGGCCGGCGGUAUUUUUAGAUCGGAGCUGGCGUUUUGUGUCGAUAUUCGGUUUCUCCAAAAUUGACAGUUUUCACGCCAAAAAAAAAAAAAAAAAAAAAAAACAUACUUUGAGCAUUUUCCCUUCAAUUUUAUUUCUGUGGAAGCCCAUGAAAUAGCAUUUAGACCGCCGAAACUCUCCACUGAAAGCCAGAGUAAUGAAAUUCUCGCAGUGUGAGCCGAGCUGAGGAAACUGGGACUCAUGACUGCAUUUAAAUCAACAAUUAAUUUACCAACAACAUUGAAAAAUAAAAAUGAAAAACUUAAAUAUGGACAUACAAGGGUAGAAUACUGCAUGUCCCGCAGCUCAAGACUAAGUGUAUAUCUAACAAACUGCUGAGGGUUAUCAUAUUAGUUACUACAAAUAUGCAAUGGUGUAUUAACUUGGAUUGAUGAAUCUAAACAUGCAUUUGAGUAUGGAGGAAGUCUUGCUGUGUGCUCACACUGCUAGAAACUGGACAGCUCAGUUGCCAAAAGGCGCUGGCAUGUUUUUUUCUUUUUUGGUAUGUGUGUGUGUGUGUGUGUGUGUGUUUCCAGAGAAAUGUAUUUCCAUUUGUCCGUUCUGGCUCGGCAGCGAGGAAACAGCUAGCUCAGAUCAGCCAUUUGGACAGUGGUGCGGCGAUGCAUUUGAUAGAGUCUGAACACACAGUCGAUGGUGAUGCUCGGGCAGGGGAGAAGAAAAAAAAGAAAGAAAGAAGAAAAAGGUCAGCUAAAAAACGUUCAGUGUGUUCUUUUAUGACGUUUCUGUUCUGUAGUGCUGUACGGCUCGCUGCGCUGCCAGGGCUUUGCGGUUUUCUUGCAUAAAAAAAAAAACGCCCACAAAAUAGCAUGUGUGAUGUUACGCUCCUUUCACCUCACUGUAUAAUUUGCAUCGCUUAUGUCCUCCCAGCGUUCGCCCCCCGUUCCUCGCUGCAGCCGCCCGUACCUAAGACUCUCGCCUCAAGAAAGUUGCCUGCACUAUCUCACAUAACAUGGAAAAUUGCAUCCAUUGAAUGUCAGCCACUACCACAACUAACCCCCCCCCAUCACCACCACCACCACCUGAGAACCCCCAACUCCCCCAUACCUCCUCCUCCUCUCUAAAACCACUUUGCUUCAGCCAAAAAGAAUCAAAAUUAAUAUACAGCUACUUUUUAGAAAGACCAAAUUACGUUGUAUCUUUUUCCUUUAGCCCUCUCCUCCCGUAGUUGUGGUGGUGGUUCGACUUCAUUUACAGAGGGAGCAUCGAAAACAGACGUAGAGCGGAGAAAAAGUCGCAGCGUGUUGUCCAAGUGUUGGGCUCCAAAGCUGCGGUCACACCUACAGGUUUGUUGUCUUUGGCCCGACACCACAAUGGAAAUAUUUUGGAAACGGGUUUGUUUAGGUUCACACUGUGCAGUAACAAGCAAAGCAGUGCUGGUACAACUAAAGUUGCAUGGACCCAGAAGUAGCUGGAUUAUUGCAGAGUUUAUAGAGAUGUUGGCACCGGGGAGAGUCGAAAUAAUGAAUAAGUGCUAGUCCCUGUAAUUUUAGCUAAGCAUGAUGGAUGAGCUCUUUGGUGUUCACUGCAGCUACCAUGAAGAAACAGCUGAAUGUGAGCAUCAGUCCGGACUACAGGCUGUGCCUGGGUUCAUUUUGUUAGCAUGAGAAAGUGCUGGGUAUCAGAUGCCAAACUGCGUCUCCUAAUCCCCUUAAACCCUUGUGUUUUGGGGUAGUUUCCUGUACUUGUUCACAUUACGUUCUCGCCGCUUAUGAAUCACGCUGCAUUUCUUUCUCUUGGAAGAGAACCAAGUAUUUCCAGGCGUGUUGGUAAAUCUUGGUGACAAAUGGCAUUGUUCUUCCCUGGCAAACCGAACCAAAGGAGCAAACACUCCAGAGUUAUAACAAACCUCCCUAAACAUGCGUGGUGCGAACGCGCCCAAACACUUAACAGCACUGCUGAUUUCCUGAGGAAUCUGAUCUGUUCAAUUCUUAACUGGCUGCUGUUUAUCUGUUAAAUAUUCCUGGCACCAUAGAUAGAGAUAUGUCUUUUUUUUGUGUGUGAGUGUGAGUGUGUGUGUGUUUGUGUGUGUCAGAAUCACCAUGGUAACAAAAACCCUAAUCAUAAAUUGUUGUGGUGGCACUGAACUGAGAGGGAUCCCAUGUGACCUUGUAUUAGUGUGAAGUAAAUGCUGUUACAUGACUGGCAUUGUCUAAUAUGUGAAAGAUCCAAUAAAAAGCUAUACUUGUGGUAUGA